AUGUCGAUAAACUUCAUCCUUGUGCUCAACCGCCAGGGGAAGACCCGGCUUGUCAAAUGGUUCAACAACAACUAUACUGCGGGGGAAAAGCUGCGGAUGAUCCUGGAGAUCCACCGGCUCGUGGGGCUGCGAGAUAGUAAGCCCCAGCUGAAUUUCGUCGAGUACCAGCAGAAUAAGCUUGUUUACCGACGCUACGCCGGCCUCUAUUUCAUCUCGGCGAUUGGCCCUUACGAUAACGAGCUCAGCUACCUUGAACUGCUCCAUUUCUUCGUUGAGAUUCUCGAUACAUACUUUGAUAACGUAUGUGAGCUUGACCUUGUGCUCAACUUCUAUAAGCUCUACGUGGUGCUUGACGAGAUCUAUCUUGGCGGCGAGAUCCACCAGAUAUCCAAGCUGCGGGUGUUGGACAGACUCACCGAACUUGAGGCCCUAGCGUGA